CGGCGGUCUCCGAACGCCUUCUUGGCUUCUCAUUGGCCAGCCGCUGCCUUUCGCUCCAGGCUCUCGCGGGGCUGCUGUGCGAAGAUGGCGGCCGAACUGGUAGAAGCGAUGAACAUGGUGAAGAGUUUCCGGGUGUCUGAUCUGCAGACGCUGCUGGCCUCAAUGGGCCGCAGUAAAAGCGGAUUGAAGCAGGACUUAGUGGGAAGAGCUCUUAGGCUUGUGCAGACCGAAUACAGUCCGGAGCUGCUAAAGAACGUUCGACAGCUCUACGAGACGCGCUUCCCCAAAUCCUCGGCCUGGCUGGCGGCCCGGCGGCCUGAGUCCGUGCCCGUAAACUACCCUGCCCUUAACUCCUCGCCCAGAGGCACGGCCCAGGGCACAGACUACCUCAACAACAUCCCCAAGCCAGUGCCGCCUCCUGCAGCAGAAGUCAAAUUGGUGCCGCUGCCAUUCUACCACAACCUAGAAACACUGCUGCCACCCACAGAACUGAUCGCUCAGAACAGCGAGAAGCUGCAAGAGAGUCAUUGCGUGUUUGAGUUGACACAAAGUCAAGUGGAACAGAUCCGGAACUCCAGUGAACUUCGCCCAGGAAUGAAAUCAGUUCAAGUGGUUCUCAGAAUCUGCUACACAGACUCUAUCGGCGUUCAGGAGGACCAGUAUCCUCCCAAUAUUGCUGUGAAAGUGAAUCAGUCCUACUGUCAUGUACCGGGUUACUAUCCCUCCAAUAAACCGGGUGUUGAGCCACGUCGGCCCUGUCGACCCGUCAACAUCACGCCAUGGUUACACCUCUCCACUGCCACUAACAGAGUCACCAUCACAUGGGGCAACUUUGGAAAGCGUUACUCGGUGGCUGUGUACCUGGUGAGGGUGUUCACAUCUGGAGAGCUCUUCAACCAGCUGAAGCAUUGCUCAGUCGAGAGCGCCGAUCGUUGUCGCGAACGCAUUCAAGACAAGUUACGCUUUGAUCCUGAAAGUGAGAUUGCUACUACAGGACUGCGAGUGUCCCUCAUCUGUCCUCUGGUAAAGAUGAGACUUGGAGUGCCAUGUCGAGUGCUCACCUGCCACCUGCAGUGUUUCGACGCUGUCUUCUUUCUGCAAAUGAACGAAAAGAAACCCACAUGGACCUGCCCUGUUUGCGACAAACCUGCGCCCUUUGAGCUUCUAACUAUUGAUGGGUUGCUGUCUGAGAUCCUUAAAGAGACGCCGGAAGAUGUGGAGGAGAUCGAGUAUUUGACUGAUGGCUCAUGGAGGCCAAUCAGGGACGACAAAGAGAAGGAAAGAGAGCGGGAAAACAGCCGCACACCUGACUAUCCUGUGGUGGAUAUAUGUAAGAAAGUUUUCUUCCUUUUGAAAUAUGACCCUGGACCACAACCAGUCAUAAGG